CACCGCGCAGACUGUCAGUUCUGUAGGGUUUCUAUGUUAGGCUCAAAACUUUACAGCUUUAGGCAAAAUGAACAUAUUAAUUACCUUAAAAUAAUGUCACGUGAGUUUCAGUUUUCUGAAGCUUUACGAAAAUGAUUCGCACAUUUUUGUUCUUUUUGUUGUGUCUGAUUGGUGUGUUUGAUGUCGAGUCACAUGAAGUGUGGGUGAUGGUAGGAGAUGCUGUCACUCUGGACUCUAAUGCUUCAGAAACAGAGCAGAAGAAUGUGAUCGAGUGGAGAUUUAACGACAUGCGCAUAGCUAACGUUAUUAUGGGAAACCCCACCUAUCAUGAUAAUGUGAGAUUCGAGGACAGACUGAAGCUGGACAGAAACGGAUCUCUCACAAUCAAAGACACCAGAAUAACAGACACCGGAGAAUAUAAAUUGAGUACCAUUAUUAGUAAUAGGGAGUCAAUCAAGAGAUUCAGUGUUACUGUUUAUGCUCCACUAUCCAUUCCUGUCGUUACCAGUGACAUUUCACAGUGUUCAUCAGGCUCAAAAUGUUCACUGCUGUGUUCAGUGGUAAAUGUGAGUCAUGUGACUCUCUCCUGGUACAAAGGAAACAGUUUAUUGUCCAGCAUCAGUGUGUCUGAUUUCAGGAUCAGUCUCUCUCUACCUCUGGAGGUGGAAUAUCAGGAGAAAAACACCUACAGCUGUGUGCUCAACAAUCCCAUCAGCAACCAGACCAGACAUGUCUGCAUUACCGAUCUCUGUCGUUUGUGUUCAGUUCCCUUUUCAGAUGAAGUCCAUUAUGAUGGAGGGACUGAAGUUGUGAUCCGAUUGGUCGUCACUGCUCUGGUGGGUCUGGCUGCUGUGGCUGCUUUCAUUGUGCUAGUUUAUGACAUCAAAACCAGAAGGGUUGAACAGGAGACACAUCAAUGAUGGAUCAUUCAAGUGUUCUGUUUUUUUUUUUUUUUUUAUAAAUAAAAGAUCAAAUGUAUUUUCUUUUUCACAAUGAUAAUGGUAGAUUAUACUUUUUAAAUGCUAAAUGCUUACAAGGAAUAGAAUU